AAGCCCAGCCCAUUUUGGUUUUAACCAGCAUGCUAUGACAUUUCGGAAGCAUUGGCAGUCUUACUUACAAAGUGGACCACAAUCGUUCAGUCUGCAGGACCUACAUUUCCCAGCAGCAUGGCCACUGCCGCAUGGCCUGAGGAGGAGUUUGUGUGCUCUGUCUGUCUGGAGACGCUACGUGACCCUGCCACGCUGCCCUGUGGUCACACCUACUGCCUGCCCUGCAUCCAGGAGCACUGGGACCGGAAUGAGGCCAAGGGUCAGUUUAACUGCCCCCAGUGUAGGCAGGUCUUCACCCCACGACCCUCUCUUGCCAAGAGCACAGUGCUCGUGGAGGCCAUGGAGAAGCUGAGAAUAAAGGGCAUCCAGGAGUAUCCCUACCUCUCCAUCUCGUCUGCCCCACCCUCCAUGCCGAUCUAUCUGGCGGGGUGUGCGGACACAGGCCUUCGCCAAGGGGAGAUGUACCCCCAGCUGCCCGUCGUCAGCCCCAGGCUUUGCCCUCAACACCAGCGGCCCCUAGAGCUCUACUGCCAUGACGAUAAGGAGUGUGUGUGUGACGAGUGUUGUCGUCAUGGACACAAGGGCCACCGUGUGGUUAAGCCAGAAGAGGAGAGGAAGGAGAAACGGGUAAAGAACCAUGACUGUGUUGUUUUUUCUUGCCACAACUAUUUUAUUUGAUUAUAACAGCUUUAUUAGAAUUUUAGAAAACAUUGGGUGCUUGAGAGAAUCCUGUGUUUCUGUAUACUGUGUCCCUAUGUGCAGAGGGAGCUAGUUCCGAUGCAGGCCGAGAUACAGAGGAGGAUCCAAGAGAUGGAGAACGAGCUCAAGGAGUUCCCACAAGCUGCCCAGCUCCACAAAGUAAGGAAACCCCACAUCAAUGGCAAAUAUGUUGUUAGCCCCCUCUUUCACUUCCUCGUCUCUACCCCUCUAUUCAUCCCUCCAUUUUUGCUUUGCUUCUCUCCAUGUCUGUGUCCUCUCUAUCUUCUCAGAGGUCAGUCCAGGCCCUACAGAAGGAGGGUGUGGAGCUCUUCUCUGAGCUGGUGAAGAGUGUGGAGCUGAUGGGUACCCAGGUCGGGGAGUUGCUUUGUGCCCAUGAGGCAUCCAUGGGCAGUCGAACCGAGGGCCACCUCCACGAGCUGGAGCAGGAGCUGGCCCAGCUCCGCAGGAAAGACCAAGAACUCAGCCGACUGGCCAGAAUGCAGGACCACAUCUGCUUCUUAAAGGUACAGGGAAAAGAUAAUGGGAUUGAGAUGAUAACAGUUUAAUUCGGACAAGUGUCAAUGACCAUCCUCACCACCAGGUGUUAUUGUCUUCAUCUAUUGUCCUCCACAGAAUUUCUUCACCCUGGAGCCCAUCACACAGAAUGGGAGCAGAGAGGGGGUAGGGCUGGGUGAGGAGGCCCUUGUGUCUGAGAUUCAAGCCGUGAUGGGAGAGCUAAGAGAUGGACUACAGGAACUCUGUAAAUCCAGCAUGGCCAAGAUCUUCAGAACUGGUGAGUCUAUCGGCAUUUUCAAUGGCCUAAAACAUAUACAGGGAGAUUAGGAUCUGUUUUACUAUUUUCCCUUUUGAUUGUGCUGGUUCUGUUGAGAUUGCUCAAUGGUUUAGCAGUAUAUAUGGAUCUAAAUAUUACUGAGCCUGUUUUCUUGCUUGUAGUGAAUGAUGCCAGUCUUAGUCCGUCUCAAAUGUUCAGUGGUCAAGCUGCAGGGAACGGAGCAUCUACUGACAACAACCAGGUGGCUUCACAAAACGCAGGUAAGCAUCUACAAGUCAUGUUAAAAUAAAAAUAAAACACAAAGGUGCGUUUUCUAUCAGAAUGUUAGUCUUUUCUUUCUUCUCAUUCAUCUCUGCAGCAUCCAAGGUGCCAUCAAACCCUCAACUUAACACAGGUUAAUGUUUAAUUCAGCCUUUGUAUGAGAAGAUUAUCAAGUACAUCAACCUUUAAUAACAGACUAAAGAUGCUUUCCCCUUAUUGCAUUUUAGUAUGUGAAAUAACAUCAAACCCUUCACCUCUACCUCCACCUAUCCAAUUAAACUCAACUCCACGAUUUACGAUGGAGUUGCGCGGCGACUAGUGUUGGCGGACUGGAGUUUACGACGUCACAUAUAAUGACGUUUUUAUAAAAACCUACUGAUUUCAGCAACCAAAGAAUAGCCCGCAAUUACACACAUUGGUCUGUGUAAUUGCGGGCUAUUCUUUAGUACUGAAGUCAGUAAUUUUUGAUAACUUAAUUUUAUGUGACGUUGGAGCUCCAGUCCGCUCAUGCUCAACUCAAUCGUAAAUCGUUGAGUUUAGUCGGCUACCUCAAGGUAAAUGCAUUGAGAGUGGUCUGAAAAUAGUUCAAUACAGUUUCAGAAUAACCGUAAAAACAGCUUUCUUAUUUUCUCACCUCUAUUGAUUUGCUUUAGUAAAUGAGGUGACAUCAACAAACUCUCUACCUCAACCUCCAUUACCUCCAACUGGACCUCAAGGUAUAUGAACAGCGGUCUGAGGAUUUUUCAGUGUAGUUCCAAAGUUGGCAUUAUAAUGCCAAUAAAAUGGUUUAUUUUCUCUCACAACAUUUAGUGAAACAGGUGACCACUGUUGGUUUGGCAAACCCAGAGCUGAAAACAAGAGAAGAAAUGCUCAAAUGUGAGUACCUGUUUUACUGCUUUUCACCCUUUAAAGAGAUACAGAAAUGUAGUCAUAAGCAGCAUUGAAGCGUCUUCAGACAAUUGGACACUUGAACAAAAAAGUGAGUGUGGACUACAAAGGAAGACAAUAGCAUCGCCUGUCUUUCCUGUCUUUCUCCAUGUAGUUCACUUUAAUCCGACAUUUGACCCCAACACUGCGUACCACCACCUGAAACUGGCUGAUGGGGAUCGUAAAGCCACUCUGAAGGCAGAGAAGCAGAAUCAGCCGGAGCACCCCGACCGUUUCAUCUACUGGAGACAGAUACUGUGCAGGGAGCCCCUGGCUGGAAGCCCCUACUACUGGGAGACAGAGUGGACGGGCCAGAAGGUGGGUUAUUACUGCCAUAGAAAUAUAAUUACUAGAAGGGACAAAGCGUCUCAGGCUACGACCACAUUUGACUGGAACACUCAUGGGUACACAACAGUGGAGGCUGCUGAGGGGAGGACGGCUCCUAAUAAUGGUUGGAAUGGAGUCAAUUGAAUGGUUAUCAACCACAUGGAAACCACGUGUUUGAUACCAUUCCAUUGGCUCCAUUUCAGCCAUUAUUAUGAGCCGUCCUCCCUUCAGCAGCCUCCACUGGUACACACUCAAUAUAAUUAUAUUUCUAUGGUUGCUCCCUCAUCAUUAAGAUCACGUCAACUUAUGUUAUGUUCUUGAGAUGCCCUUGAUUUAAAUCUGUCAUCAAUUGACUAGUAUUCACUAUUUUGGCUAUGAGUAUUUUACUUGGUGAUGGUUGUUAUUGUUUGUCACUCAGAUCACUAUCGGCGUGGCCUACAGAGACUUGGACAGGAAGGAGGCUGACGACAGCAGCAGGCUGGGCUACAACAAGCAGUCUUGGAGCCUGAACUGGUCUGGGAAGGGCUUUUCCAUGUGGCACGCUGGGAAGGAGACCCAGCUAGGCUCAACCAAGGCUCGCAGGCUGGGGGUGUACAUGGACCAACAUGAAGGAGUACUGGCCUUCUACAGGAUCUCCAACAACCAGGCCCAUCUCAUCCACUCCCUCCAGACAGUCUUUACUGGCCCCCUCUAUCCCGGGUUCCGCUUCUGGUCAGGGGUUGGGACGUCUGUGACCCUAUGUCAACUGGACUAGGUUGGCAUCUGGUAGUUCAGAUCCAUUCUGGAAGCCAUGAGAAGGAUGUCAGCAAUGACAGUACAGUGCUCAGAGCUCAACAACAGUUUAUAUAACUGAUAGGAAAGUUCCAGUAUUAGAUGCUGAUUUGCUGAUAGCGUGUUGCAGCCAUAUCUCAGCUGCUGUCCUAUUACCAUGUGCCCUUUUGGCUUGUAAGAAUUAUAUUCAAAUGCAUGAUAAAUAAAUAAGAAAUGAGCAUAAACAAA